AUGCUGAUCACGAUAACGAUAGUGACGAAUACCGCGACUCUGCCUUCGAUCGAAUCCUCUUUCGCCAAUCCGGGGGUUUCAAAAAACGUCACCUUGCAGUCGCUGGCAAUGGACGAUGCGUGUCUGAGCCAACGUCGAGUAGAGCAAGAAAAACUGUUGUUAUGUAGAGGACGAGUGAAUGUGAAAAUCGAAUAUACAUGCUGUUGUGGCUGUUGCGAUCCUUUGUUCAUCGUUGUGUAAAAAAAAUCAUGAUGUUUGAAGUCUUUCUUCUACUUCUUCUGUUGACCACCACUACAUGAUUAGCAGAUAAAUGAACGUGCAGCACUCCGCCGACUCCAAGUCCAACACGAGCACUCCAUCAUGAUCUCAUGUCAUUGACCCCACUUCAACGACACCUGCUUCAGCAGAAACCAAUGCCAGAAAAUCCAAAGAUGUCGAUAUCGGCGGACCUGAAAUUGUUGUGGGAACUGACGACACUCGACGGGCCGUCGUGGUGUCUGUCAGAGGAACUGCGUCGGUCGACGACUUAGCCGCGCUUUUGAUGAUAGGCACAAGGACUCUACGGCUUCCGCGGUUUCCUCUGGAACAGACUAAAAUUAAGGUCCACAUUUAGUGUAGUCCAUCUUGCUCAGCAUCUCGAUACCCUUUUGUUUCCCUUGUAUUCUUGUCAUGGGAAGAUGAGAAGGGGUCGAGAUGAGGGCACCGAGAAAGAUGGGUGAAGGCUGACUCUAAUAAAAAACGGGACAAGAAAGGAACCGACGAUCUGGUCCUAACGUUUCACGAAGGCAUCUUCGCGAGCGCCAUUUACACCUUAGACCAAACGUUUGAGGUGUUGCGCAACAUCCUGCACGAAAAGAAUGAGCGGAGCGGUGAGGAGUAUGAUCGAGUCGUAUUCUGCGGCCACAGCUUUGGUGGCGGCGUUGCGCAGGUCGCAGCACUGCUAUUUCGACAUCUCUUGCUGGCGGAGCAAAUCCAUCUGACAAAUCGAAUGAGAACGUCAAAGACGAAGAUGAAACAAACGAAGAUGAUGUUUUCGAAAAUGAAGAUGCGGAGACCACGCGCAACGACCAAAGCUCGUGUGGCUGUACAACAUUUGACGACCAAGAAAGCGCCCUCAUCUGCCAACAUGCAUGUGGAGCUUCAAAAGUUGCAUGUUGAAGCGUGGAGCUACGCCGGGCCACCGGUGGUGCGGCGACCACUGCAAGAGGAACUUGCCACAGCUGAAACGCUAUCACAGGCCUUCGAAAGCAUCACGGAUCCGCGUCUUGCCGCGUUAGUGCGGCAUGCAGAAGCAGUCGGUAGUUUCACGCAAGGUCAUCACAAUAAUUAUCAUGUUGAUCAUGGUGCCUCUAAAUCCAUUAAUAUGACGAGUACCAACAUCAAGAACAAGGACGAUCUUUUGCUAGAUUUCUCAAAAAUGCUGAGUCUUCCUUCCAGCAGUUCCACUCCUCCAAUCGACAGUGCGAAUGGCAACAGCACAACUACAUCGAGUAACCCCUCCAACCUCUUGUUUCUUGAGCCGCUAGUGACACUCGAAGCCUACCCUUUCGUCAUGGAGCACGACCUUGUGCCGUCACUCAGCGUGGGAAGCUUGAUGCGGUUGCUGAUUAGCCUGCGCGAGAUCGAUCGGCUCGGUUGGAGUCCCUUACAGAAACUGCAGUACAUUGUCCAGGCUGAACUCGCUGACCCAUCACCUAUGCCUAGUUCUGCAGGUGGAGCUGGAUCAGGAUCAGGAUCAGGAUCAGGAUCAGAUCCGCGCAGCAGAAGCACCUUUGUUUCGUCUUCCUCAGUGGCAUCUUCAGGCUCAUCUACUACAGCGAGACGACCGUCCUCGUCGUCGUUCACGAACCAGUCUGAACCGUCGCGGGAAACUUACCUGAGCAAGCUGUUAGCUGCGGCGACUGAUGCGGCUCAAGCAUGGGAGAGAUGGGAGGCCUUGCCAAAAAACUGGCAAUCUUCUCGAACAGGGGAACAAAAACUACAAGAUGAAGAAGACACAGAUGAUACGACUAGUCUUCUCGGAGUAGAAGGAACAAGAGGACGACGACAAGAUGAAGAUGAUAAUAUCACGACGAGUAUUCCAUCUUCAUCUUCACACUCAACAAACAAGUCUAACAAGUCGAUGUCUAAUAAACAACCUAGGACCAAUAGUAGUACUGCUAAUACUAGUACAACUACUUCUACGAGAGAACAAGAUGACAGUAUUCACGGUUCUUCCUUUGCGCGAAGCUUGUUAACGCGAACGCUUUCUAGCUCUGUCGCCUCCAGUUUGUUGAACCGCGUGGUGCAAACCAAGAGCGUUUCUUCCCCAGCAAAAGCGAAAGCGCUGCAAUUCCUAAGUGAGGAUGCGUGGGACCAUGACGAUGCCUUAGGUAGUACGACGUCCAGGCUGACGCAGGAAGCGCUUGCUCCGACCAUAAGAGCAGACUGCAUGCAGCACGUGGCAUACACCUCAAUUUUGAAUGGUGGCCCUGCGCUUUUUCGAGAGACGCAUACAGCAGAAAUGCAGGACAUCAAGCACAAGGGCAACCGCAUGAUGUUGACGGGAAAGCUAGGCAUCAAACAACUACUUGUUGAGAAGCACGAUAAAGAAGUUCUACACUUAUCCUGGCUCAUUUGAAGAUUUGUUCAUAAUCAUAUCAAUCUUAAAACUAUAAGGCAUCGGCAUCAUCUUCAACGUGCUUUCAAGGAGAAUGAAAACACUAGAGAGAUACAUUCGAAGAUGAAUUUAGUGAAGCUCUAAUACACGUGGAGGUGCCCGACCACGAGGUGGACCAUCAUUUAACGUAUUUAGAAAUCUCGCCUCAGGAUGGAGGACGUGUUACAGCUCACCGACUGUUAAAGUUAUGGGUGUUGUAGGGAAUUCAUCAUCUCCACAUGAGUCAUCUGAAAGUGAGACGAAAACAAGACAAGAAGAAAAAGAGAGCCAGACGAUUCCUGAGAUGAAUCCCCUAUAGUAUAGCUCCAAUAAAUGAGGUGGAUGCGGAAUCCACUUUCGCCACUUGUCCUUCGCGCAACGUUUUAGGUUGGCGCACUAUUCCGGUGGGAGCCGAUGCCACGAGCGCGCUUCAGGAAGUGUUAUGCAGCAACAUUUUCUCCUUUGCCGAUGCACUUCAAACUCAAGUUUAAUUGAUCAAGAUCAACAUUUGAAGAAAAGAUGAUGAAGAAUUAUAAUUGAAUGGAUCUUGUUUGUGCUCCGAUCCCUUUCUAAGCAUGACACGCGCGCACGUCGACGACCAUAGGGCGGCGGCUUACGAGAAUGCAUUGCAGGAAAUAGUGAAAAGACGCCGGGUUUCCGCAGCACAGGAGCGACUGGAUGUCAGAGGCAGGGACUUCGCAGAGGAAUGAACUGAAUGAAUCAACAUCAGUAAGUAAUUUCAACAUGAAUAGAUAAAAGGGGCUGGCAGAUAUUGAUAUUAAGUAUGCUCAUUAUACCAGAAGAAGGGAAGCAAAUAUAUAUAUACAAACUUAAAGAACUAUCAAAAGUUUGCAGGAGAAAAUGAACACAUCGCGGAGAGAAGGCUAGGACACACUGGUGG